AUCGACCUUUUCUGUCCUGCGGUACCAGACUUCCCUGCUCUUUGGUAGAAUGCGGUUCGCUGCCCUCAUCAAUACAUAGGGAGCAGCAUCACCCAGCCUGGUUGUCGACACCAAUAAUACCCUCACAUAUUGGCCAGAGCCAUCGUCCCAUCCUGCCCACUUCCAACUUCUUCUCCCGCCUCCCUCGCCGUCACAACCAGCGUCAUCGUCAUCGCAACCGCGUUGCUGCUGUUUCUGCUGGCUGCUGUACCCGCCGUCUCCCCUUUCGCCGUGCUGCAAGUUCCAGGGCUGCCAAGACUGCAACGUUGGACCGUCAUCUUGCUCGCAGCAACCGCAACCGCAACUGCGACCGCAAUCCUGCAUGUCUCUGCUGCCAUUUCCCACUCUUAUCAGCACUGUCCCGCCUGCCCAGCUGCCUUGUCCGCCUCCCUUGUCUUCGCAGCCCACCUCUGUGAACCAGGACCCGUGCGCGCCUUAAAAAAGAACACAAAAGAGUCCGCCGUGCCCACUCUCCGUUGAUCACCACGUUGACAGCCUAUAUUUAUCCCCUUGUUCCUACGAGCCCUCUCGUGUCCUUGGGGCUGGUGUUGAGCGAGACCCUCGACCUCGACACCGCAACUACCGUGAGCCUCGACCUGCUCCAGAUCACUCACGCCUUGGUAGCGAAACGAGCAAACCGGCCUGCUGGACACCAGUUUGCCCGCGUUGCACCCUCAUUUUCAUCACGGGCACUGUUUCGUGCACAGUUCACUCGUCGCGACCCGCAAGGCACCGACUCAACCCAGAGGGAGAGAGAUUAGGUUACAGGCGCAGCAGCUUCAUCUUCGCGCUCAGGGUGCCGGCUCCACUCCCAUCAGCGGGCCCUCGCCCUGCUCUGCUCAUCAUUUCCUGCCCGAGGUUGCGAUACGACAAACAUAGCCCAGAGGUCACUCCAUCUUGGCGGGACUUCCCAUUUUAACUCCCCUCGCGCGGCAGCACAUCCCUGCGAUCCUGGAGCACGACCGCCGCUCAACAUGCUCGAGACACAAAUACCAAGGCGCCGCCCACUGCCGGCGGAUGCUGCUCAAAUGUCCUUCUCUCACUCACGCACCCGCACAACCUCCUCAAACGUAUUCCCGAUGCAAGCACAACAUCCGCCAGCCAUGCACUUGGGCCAGCCACAACCCUAUGGUCACCAACGCCGCUCUCCCUCGGUAAACACCUUCAGCACCGUGUCCAGCGGUGGAGGGGCAACCGAGCGAGGCCCGCCCCCGGCCGCCUACCGAAACUCUCCACCCAGUGCCGACAUACGCCGCUCUACUUCCUCUCGCUCAAACGGUUCCGUACAGCCCGUCGGUUACGUCGCCCUGUUGCGAAAACAGAAGGCCACCGUCUGGUGCGAUCGCGCACAGUCCGAGGACCCGUAUAUGCUGGCAAAACAGCGGCAGGCCAAGGCCAGGGCCCUCCAAACGGUCGGCUCCGCAGGUCAGGCCCCAGGCUCAUCCGGCGGCGGCCGUACCUCCACUGGGUUCAGCAGCGCCGGUGGCAAGGUCGUGGGCAAGAUUCGUCACCACGGAAAGCCCGGAGUGGUCGGCUACGCCCCAGACAACAACUACGUGGGCGUCGGUGGCGUGCCGCUUCGACUUAGUGCGACAGAAGUGGAGGGCGAGGAGAGCGAUGACGACGAACUUGCAUCUCAGCGACUGCAUCACCGACGGACUGGGAGCAGUGGAAGGUCAAGCACGGCGGGCAGCAUUCAAGGCCGGAGGGGGCUCAACUAUCGCUCAUCGACCGGCAGCGGCCUGCAGAUGACCGGCGGAGGCUCACAGAACAGCAGAAGAUGGACUGGCAGCGGCGGCGACAACACUCCAGAGCGAAGCAGCAGUCUGGUUGAUGGGGCUAUGCUCGAAAAACGGGCAAGCGAUGCUGCAAGCGGCAGGAGUGGCAGCAGCGGAGAGCGUGCCGACGACGUGCCAGACAUGGGGAAUGAUGCUGCGCGGCUGGCAAGCAACAGCCUGAUACACUCAGCACUGACGAGGGAAAAGAGCGUCAAGAAUCCAGACGAGCUGCGUAGGAGAGGCAGUGUCGACGAGAGGACAAUGACGCUCACCUCUGGAAGGCUUUUCAUCGCCAACCCCGACUGAUCAACCUACCGACUACCAACUUAAAUCGCUGCCACCUAGAUAUCGGCAGACUUGUUUCAUUUGUCUAAAUCGUGUUCCGUGGAACAUUGGUCUUGGAGUGGAGGGGAUACCACCGGUCGCUAUUCAUCUUCCUAAACCUUGCGGGGCAGGGCAGGCGUGGAAAGCUUGCAAUGCACAAAACGAGACGGUCGUUCAACUGUUUUUUCAUAUUUCAUCACCACCAUUGCAUUGCUCGGCGUUGAGGGGAAUAUCAAAGACAAAUCGAAUUCUGGAUGCUUUCUCGAUUGCCUGCUUCAUGUUCCACAUGCUUUGGUCUGAUCACAUAUACGUCAAGCCGGGUCCAUUCGUUUGCACGGGAUCCCGUGCCACAUCAAUACAUGCAAUAAGUCGUUUAUAGAGUUGAAGCGUGACCAAUCCAAUGAGCACCUCGUCGAA